AUGAAGCUCCCCUGGACUAGGCUGAUUCGUUUCGUUGCCACUGAUGGCCGGGUGCUCCGUGGUGAACCCAUCCUGCCUAGUGCCGAUUUCGACCUUGGGAAGGUCACCGAAGCGGAUGGGUUGAAAGCCAAGGUUAUUGUCGGCGAUGACCCCUUCGACACUACGGGUAUAACUGUCGUCAGUGACGAAGUCGCAACGGUAAAGAAGUUGCUAGGCCCAUUGGCCCGUGAGGAUGUACCGAUCUUGCGUUGCGUCGGGCUCAAUUAUGCAAAGCAUAUCAAGGAAGCCGGGCGAACACCUCCGCCCUUCCCUUUCAUUUUCUUCAAACCCAGCACCACAGUUCAGGACCACGAUGCACCGGUAGUCAUACCGAAGAUCGCUCAGGACGAUCAAGCCGACUACGAGGGUGAAUUGUGCAUGGUCAUAGGCCGCGAUGCGAAAGAUGUGUCUAGAGAGGACGCUCUGGAUUACGUCGCCGCGUAUACAGCAGGCAACGAUAUCUCCUCACGGAAACUGCAGCGUGACCCAAACCUGGCGGGUCGGGUGCCGCAAUGGGGAUUCUCCAAGGGCUUCGACGCAUUCGCUCCCAUGGGACCGUGCCUUGUGGCCGCCGAGCUCCUCGGUGACCCUGCCCAGCUUCAUCUCAAGACUAUCGUCGAUGGGGAAAUCAGGCAGGACGAGAGCGUCUCCGAUUUGCUCUUCGACUGCGCGUAUCUCGUCUCCUAUCUGAGUCAGGGGACCACACUGCAGAAGGGGAGUGUGAUCAUGACUGGAACUCCUGGUGGUGUCGGAUCGGGCUUGGAUCCUCCAAAGUAUCUGGUCCCAGGCACGAAAAUGGAGGUGUCGAUAUCCAAGAUUGGCACGCUGAGGAACACUGUCGAGUUCGCAUGA